CAGCACUUGACAAAACCUUGCAGAGAUUUGGCUGUCCUCCUGGGCCUCCUUCACGACAUCCUGGCCAGCAUCCUUCGGGGCCACCUUCUGGACCCCCAUCACAACGUCCUGCUGCACAGUCAUGUUUAACUGAAACAGCCCUGCCGUUUGUUGGUCAGCUAACUGUGACACAAGCUCCUGAAACCAGUUCAUCACCUCACGUCACCAGCACCAUUGUGACACAGACACCUGCCGCUUCAGGCCCUGUAAGCAGUGACCAAGCAUCUAUCUCUACAACCAUGGCCCGAUGUCUUCAGGUCAUAGAGACUGUUAAGAGUCUGGCAGUGCAGCCUUCUGUGAAGCCUGUGAAGUCGGUCCAGUUCAAUUUACCUGCAGAGAAUCCAGCAAUGUCCGCUGCUCAGAACAAAGCAGAAACAGAUGAGGAUGUCAUGGCAAAGCAGAAGGAGAAGCUGGAUUUGUACAACCAGAGGGAUCAGCAGUACCAGGAGAUCCUGCUCCGUAAAAAAGAUUCCACUGUGGCUCCAGGAAAGUCAGCAAGCAGUGAACAGAAGAACAUUUGGAUCUGUGGUCAUUCUCUGGUUUACUGGGCUGAAUCAAGAGCAAAGUCUCCAGAGGUAGGUAUGCAGCAGGGCAUGGACCUAAACAAAGUCACCUUGUGGUGGAAGGGAAUUCAGGGGAUGGCAUGGUCCCAGCUGCUGCCCCAACUCCACCAGCUGAAGAACACCUGGCCCAGCCCAGACGUACUGAUCAUUCACUUGGGUGGCAAUGACCUUAGCACAGAUAGUCCCACCAACCUGUUGGCCUCAGUCAAAAAGGAUCUGACCGCCAUAAGGAGCAUUUUCCCUAAGUGUGUCCUGGUGUGGUCCAACAUCCUUCCUCGGAGGGUGUGGCGUCAUUCGGCUGACAACCAUGAAGUUGAUCUGGUCCGAACCACUGUGAAUCGCAGAAUCCAUUGCAUCAUCUCAGAGCUCGGCGGUACCUCGCUUACCCAUGAUAAUAUUCGUUGUGGCACAAACACUGGUCUGUAUGGGGCUGACGGUGUUCAUCUGUCGCCUAAAGGCAUUGACAUCUUCAACCUCAAUCUUCAAGAUUUUCUGGAGAAGUGGCAGAUGGAUAAGGGGUCUGAGAGAAGUCAUCAUGGUAUUUUUUAAGUUCUUUCUUUUUUGGUGAUUGGGUAAUGAAAGUAAGUGUUCAUUAUUUUGUAGUUAUAGCUUCAAUUUUUGUUGAACCGUACCUGAGAAUUGUCUCUUUGAAGUUAAACAAUAAAUCUAGCAUCCUCAUUAAA